AGACCCAGCCCCUCGGUGAGAGCAGCACAGAGGCGUCCGGGUUUCCACCCCACACUGCCGACUGGUUCGAUAGCGGGACGGCGACGGACGGACUACAAACUGGGGAACGGCUGCCGUGCCUCCGCCUCAGCACGACUCCGUAAAAUGCUUGUUGUCGUUUCGGUGUUGCCGUUUAACGCAGGUCUGUUUUCGGUCCGCGGCUACUUCCUGGUGCCACAGAGAGAGGCAGUGCUGAGUUAAAGAGACAGAAAUACUGAUAGAAAAAAAAACAGAAGAGAGGGGCAGGAGACGCGAUAGGAACAGUUGACUGGAUUCCCAGAAAUUGAACCCCCCCUCCCUUCUUAUUUAUGCGUUUUUUUAUGCUAUUCUUCGUCGGUUUGUUCGCUAGCAGACGGUUUUUGGAUGACGGCGGACUGCGGCUAAAAGCGGAAUUGUUACUGGGAACGUAUUCCUCCCUCCGACGGAGAGAAGCCUCGCACAGAUUUUCUUCUUCCCCCUCCUUUUUUUUAUUUUUUAAUUUUUAUUUCACAGCAUUCUGUUUUUUUUUACAAUACCCCCCGGGUUGUUGGGGUUUUUAAAAUUUUAUUUUAAUUUUUAAAAUUUUUUUUUUAACGUUCGUACAUUCGUCCACUAAAGGAAGGGUUAGGGCGACGGAAGAUGGGUUGUUUGGGUAACAGCAAGACUGAAGAUCAACGCAUCGACGAAAAGGCACAACGAGAGGCUAAUAAAAAGAUAGAAAAGCAGCUGCAGAAGGAAAGACAGGCGUAUAAAGCCACACACAGGCUCUUACUACUGGGUGCGGGAGAGUCCGGAAAAAGCACCAUUGUGAAGCAGAUGAGGAUCCUACACGUCAACGGCUUCAACGCGGAAGAAAAGAAACAGAAAAUCCAAGAUAUUCGGAAAAACGUGAAGGAUGCCAUAGUGACUAUAGUGUCUGCGAUGAGCACUUUAAUACCCCCAGUCCCGCUAGCCAACCCAGAGGACCAAUUCAGAAUCGAAUACAUCAAAAGCAUAGCACCACUCUCUGACUUCGACUACUCACAGGAGUUCUUUGAUCACGCAAAGAAGCUGUGGGACGACGAAGGAGUGAAGGCGUGCUUCGAGAGGUCCAACGAAUACCAGCUCAUCGACUGCGCACAAUAUUUCCUGGACAGAAUUGACUCUGUAAGGCAGAGCGACUACACACCAACGGACCAGGACCUGCUACGCUGCCGAGUGUUAACUUCAGGGAUUUUUGAGACGAGGUUCCAAGUAGAUAAAGUGAACUUUCACAUGUUUGAUGUCGGGGGCCAGAGAGAUGAAAGGAGAAAAUGGAUCCAGUGCUUUAAUGACGUCACUGCUAUCAUCUUCGUAGUGGCCAGCAGCAGCUACAACAUGGUAAUAAGGGAAGACAACAACACCAACCGGCUACGGGAAGCUCUGGACCUCUUCCGCAGUAUUUGGAACAACAGAUGGUUACGCACUAUAUCAGUCAUAUUGUUCCUGAACAAGCAGGACAUGUUGGCUGAGAAAGUAUUAGCUGGAAAAUCCAAAAUUGAAGACUACUUCCCUGAAUAUGCUCGUUACACCAUACCAAAUGAAGCAACUCCUGAACCUGGUGAAGACCCAAGAGUGACGAGAGCAAAGUUCUUCAUCCGAGACGAGUUUCUUCGGAUCAGCACUGCGAGCGGCGACGGCAGACACUACUGCUACCCCCACUUCACCUGCGCCGUGGACACAGAGAACAUCCGGCGGGUGUUCAACGACUGCCGGGACAUCAUCCAGAGAAUGCACCUGCGGCAGUAUGAACUCUUGUGAUGGGAGACCGCCGGCCUUCUGUGUUCUUCUCCACCAUUCUGCAUCCCGACGAACCCUUCCUCCUCCUCCUCCUUUACUUCUCCACCCCAGAAGAACCUCCAGCAGCCCCCUGACCUCCUCCUGUCCAUGACAAUGAAGUACUACUGAAGUGUGUCAAAUCCUCUUCCUCUUUUUAACUUCUUAGCUUUUUCUACUUCUUUUUUUCUCUCUCUCUCUGAGACCGAUUCAUCCCCAUUUCACCGAGUAGAAGGAAGGUUGGGGAACAAAGUUGUUGCGUGCCGCUUCUUUAUUUUUACUUUAAUCCUUCCUUUCGAAUGCCUUGAUUUUUUUGUCAUUCCACUAAGCCUUGGGCUACCUCCUUAUUUAGUUUUUAUUUUUGCCCCUUUGUGUCCGUCUGUUUUUUGGCUUUUCAUUGGACCUGGACUGGCGGCUCUGGAGACGAACACACCGCAGGACCUCAGCGGAGAGGCAGCGAGUUACGCUGCGAGUCACUAGUUGUUUUUCCUGCAUGUAAACAAACUGCAUCUGAAAAUGACAUGCAUGGUGGGCGGUCACUAGAGGUCACCUGACCAAGCUUUCAGAUUGACAGUCCAGUAGACGGGACGGAUAAACACAGCGGUUCGGCCGCAAACUUUCUCUGUUAUUUCAAAAACGCUAAAGUGAAAAGUAUUUCUGAAAGCAUUUGAGGUGAGAAAUAAUCUGUCCUGGUUUUAGUUCACUGACGGCAAGUUUAGAUGUUUGAGGAAAGUUUCAUGAUGAGUCGGAUCUCCACACGCCGCAUGGAAUUUGCAUAAAGUAGAAGUCGAGUCUACUUUAACCCUCCUGUUGUCCUCAUUUAUGGGCACCAAAAAAUAUUGUUUCCUUGUCUGAAAAAAUUACAAAAAUUCACAAAAAAAAUUCCCCAAAUUUCUGAAAAUUUGCAGAACCUUCAGGAAGAAAAUUCCAAUAAUUCCUUAAAAGUUUCCCUUAAAAGUUUUUUUUUUUUUUUAAACAAAUUUGGCAAGAAAAUUCUUGUAUUUUCAAAAAAAUGAGUAAAAAUCUUCCCAAAAAAAUUUUAAAAAUAUCUAAAGUGAUUCCAUAUAUAUCAGUAAAACUUUUAGUAUUUUCUUUGAGAACAUUCAUAUAAAAAUCAACCAAAAUCCAACGAAAUUUGCUGGAUUUUGGUUGAUUUAUAUGUAAAUGUUCUUAAGAAACAUUUUUAACAUUUCUUUUUUCCACCAAAAAAUGUUCAAAGGUUUCCCAGAAAAUGUGGACAUCAGAAGUUUCACUGUGAAAAUAUACUUUUUUCCCCACAUUUUCAAACUUUAAAACGGGUUAAUUUGACCCGCAGGACGACACGAGGGUUAAAUAAAUGAGCUGCGGGUAAAACCACCGAAUCACAGCUGGAAACGCGCUGUAGCCGGAUCACCAUGCAACAUGUGGUGCGUUUCCAUCUGUGAUCCAGUAAGGUAGACUCGACUUCAGCGUGUGGAGAGCCGACACAUCCUGAAACUGUCCACAAACUCGCCAUCAGUGAACUAAAACCAGAUUAUUUCUCGCCUCAAAUGCUUUCAGAAAUAAUUUUCCCUGAAGUGUUUUCAAAAUAAAAAAGAAAGUUUGCGCCCGAACCACUGUGUUUAUCCGACCUGUCUACCGGACGGUCAAUCUGAAAGCUGGGUCAUGUGACCUCUAGUGACCUCUAGUGACCUCUAGUGACCUCUAGUGACCACCUACCAUGCAGACGAUUUUCAGAUGCGGUUCGUUUACAUGCAGAAAAAACACAUCUCGUGACAUGCGGCUUUCAGUGUGCAUGAAGACGAGGAGGAAUCCGUGCGAGCGAAUGUCUGACGCCGGUUAACGCCGGUUUCACCACCAUCACCUUUAUUUUAGCCCCCCCCCCCCAGGCCUCCACCCUGGAGGGGAACCAAGUGGAUGAAGAGAUAAAUGCACUUUGCAUCAGGCUCCUUAACAACUUUUGAUUUUAUUUUUUUCGUUGUUGAGAGGAAGCAAACACACAAUGUAGCAUCACAAUAUUUAUUACUCCGCCACCACAUCAGCUUCAGAGCAGCCGAGAGACGAGGGUGGGGGGCAGGAAACACGACGGAUUCUACAUGAAGGAAAAGGGACUGAGCUCUCUGCACCUUAGCCCUGCUGCCUCCACCAACUCGGACCUGCCUCCUGCCUCCUGCUUUGGUUUAAUUUUGUUUUUUUUCCACACAAACCAUCCUUUAGCGUAGAGAAAGCGAUGGGGAGGAGGGUGGGGGGAAGGGAGAGAAAACGUAUUGUUCUUUUUUUUUGUUAACUUGUACACUGUGCAAGGUUGAAUUAUCUUGUACAGACUGUAAAAUGUAAUAUUAUUUUGUACAACUUAAUUGAAAGAAAAACAAAUCUACUUGUAGAUCUUUGUGCCUUGAUUAUGGCUGUACCUGUAAAUGAGCUCAGAUGUAAGUAUGUUUUCGACUGCGCUGUACAGCUUGAUGUCAAACUCUAUCGGCAGCGAAAGACUGCGGGUAGGGGACUUUCUCUGUAGAGUUUAGUUUUUUCUGGUUUAUAAAAAAAAGGAAAUGCUGUUUAGUAAAAAAUAAAAAAUAGGGAAAAAAUCGUAAAAACCUGUAUACAUUAUGCAAAUUAACCACUUACCUGCAGUGAAGACCAGAUGUUGCAGCGCCAUGCCUUUUUUUCUUUUUUUUGGUUUUGUUUUGUUUUAUUUUUCCUCCUUUUAUUAUUAUUAUUAUUAUUAUUAUUAUCAUUAUUAAUAUUAAUAUUAAUAUUAUUUUGAAUUUCACAGCUUUAAACAAACAUUGGAAAUCCAUUGAAAGUGUCCAAAUUGCAACCUGGUGUUGUUUUAAUAGGAACCAACGUUUUUUUCGAUAUGAAGUGUGUCUGAGGUCUGUGCUGACGUGCGUGCCUGUGCGCAUGUGUACAUAAAACAAACAUAGACUCACAGACGCAUUGUGUGUGUGUGUGUGUGUGUGUGUGUGUGUGUGUGUGUGUGUGUGUGUGUGUGUGUGUGUGUGUGUGUGUGUGUGUGUGUGUGUGUGUGUGUGUGUGUGUGUGUGUGUGUGAGGGCGAAGUGUGUGUUGUGUGUAAAAUUUUAUAAAUGUAUGUACAUGUAAAUUUAUAGGUCUAUAUAAAUAUAUAUGUACAAUUAUACAUGUUUAAUUAUGUGUGUGCCUAGGUGUACAUACCUAUGUAUGUAUACGGUAAAUAUGUAUACAUACACACAUAGGAAAGCAUGUUUAGAAUGGAGAUGAAUAAAUGAGAGCGUGCAAUAUUAGUAAUUGUUUGGUCCUCUGGAGCCAUACCCGAUGGCACAGGCACUAUGAAUGUGUGAGCAGCACCCAACAAGAUGAGCUCUUCUCCUUGUACAAACAGCAUCAGCCUUUUCUUCUGCUACAGUACACGUCUAUCCCCGAAAGAGAGUCAACUGACUGGAGGUGCAAAAACCUUGUUUGGCCUGGGAGGAUGAUUAAAUGACAUUUUUAUUUUCUUUAAAUAAAGAGGCACAUUAGAGGA